AAUUAAAAAAAAAAUUACUUUAGAAAAUGCAUCGAUUUUCAUUCUGCAUAAAAUCUCUUAAUGUUUCUAAUACAUUUUAUCGAACUUUCAUCGUUUCAAAUCAAGGUUUGAACAGCAUGAAGAUGCAAAAUGAGGUGCCAUUAAUUAGCUAUGAUAUAUUAGUCAAAAAUAGGUUAAAAAAAAGUGAUGCUCGAGUAGAUCCAGGAAGUAUCUAUAAAACUUACCCUAAUGCUGAAAAGGCUUUAAUUGGAAAGAAUCCCAAAUUGAGGUAUGUAUGGGAUGAGCAAGACUGCAGUAACUCAUUUCCUUCCACUCCUGAAGAAGCUCGCCUUGACCUACUUAAUUUUUUGGAACAGCGUGAUAUGUGGAUGAGAAGAAAAAAUUUAAAAAUUCCUCAGUUUUGUGUCGGAAGUAUAAUAAAAGUGACAAGAGCAGAUCGUUUAGCUCCAGAAGGCUGGACCAGAUUUGUUGGUAUAUGUAUUCACAAAAACUAUAAGCAAAAUAUGAAAGGGGCAAACUUUACUUUACGAAAUGUCCUAUUUGAUGAGCCAUUGGAAAUUCGUUAUCCUUUUUACUCGCCUCUUAUUCAAAAGAUUGAAGUGUUGCGUCAUGAAAAAUGGGAGAAUGAGUUACAUUGGAACGGUCUCAAAUUUCUUCGUGACUACCCUCCUGCCUAUAGUACUAUAGAUGAGAAUAUGGAGGCCGAAGAGUAUACAACAGAACCAGUUAUUAGACGUUGGACGGACGAAGACAAAGAUAGAGUUGCAUCUUGGUUUAAAGAUAUUUAUAAAUCUCGAAAAAGAUGAUUUUGCAUUCCAUUUAUUUUAUUUUUUUAAAGUGUAAAGUUUUACAUUAUUUAAGUGUAAAUUUUUUCACAAUAUCAAAGAUCAUUAAGUAUUGGUUUA